AUGGGGAGAGGGAAGAUAGAGAUCAAGAAAAUAGAGAAUCAGACGGCGAGGCAAGUGACCUUCUCCAAGAGAAGAAGUGGUCUUAUCAAGAAGACUCAUGAGCUCUCUGUUCUCUGCGACGCUCACAUCGGUCUCAUCGUCUUCUCCGCCACCGGAAAGAUCUCCGAGUACUGCUCCGAACCUCACAAGAUGCCUCAACUCAUUGACCGAUACUUGCAGACCAAAGGAUUGCGACUUCCUGAUCCUAACGACGACCGGGAGGAAUUGUGCCGUGAGAUGGAAGCACUAAGAAGAGAGACAUGUAAGCUUGAGCUGCGUCUACGUCCAUACUGUGGACAUGACUUAGCCUCCAUCCCUCCACACGAGCUCGAAGGACUCGAGCAACAGCUCGAACACUCUGUCCUCAAAAUCCGCGAGCGUAAGAGACGGAUGCUAGAAGAAGAUAACAACAAUAUGUACCGUUUGCUUCAUGAGCAUCGAGCAGCGGUUGAUCAGUUUCAGCAAGCAGGGAUAGAUACGAAACCAGGAGAGUAUCAGCAGUUUCUAGAGCAGCUUCAGUACUACAAUGAUCAUCAUCAGCAACAACCAAACAGUGUUCUUCAGCUCGCUACGCUUCCUUCUGAGAUUGAUCCUAAUUACCAUCUCCAGCUUGCUCAGCCUAGUCUUCAAAACGAUCCAACGGCCAAGAUUGACUAA